UUACGCGGUGUCUAGUUGACAAAUAUUAUAGUGACUAUAAUAAACCUCGAUAUAUUCUACUAAACAUGUAGAGUGUCAAUCAUUGUCAAAAUUAACAUCAGAAUCGAAUCGAAUGAAUGGAUACGUAGGAGUAAAAGUGGGGCUACAAAUACUUUAUAUUCGAAUCAGAGAAAUGUCACUGCUCCUAUAUUUAGACGUAGCAGCUCGGCGCUCGUGCUGAUGAUCCUUAAUAUUUGGUUCAUAGACGUCGAACACGACGAUUGGCGAGGGACCUGAAGCCAGGUGUUAAAGUUCAAGAGUCUAUGAAGAUAUUGGGUAUGUAUUAAAUAAACGAUGGGUUAUCAGCGACACAUAAAGUUGGUAUCUGUGAUCAUCUGUUUAACCAUAGUUUUAUGGUUUCUACAUAACUGGUUAUAUUUAACAAUACAGUUCAAGUCCAACUUUACCAUUGUUCCAGUAAAUAAUAGAUUAAAGAAAAAUGACAGAUGGGUAAUAACAGAUAUAAGUAGUAAACCACACCAACUACAUGAUCUGGAGCAGAAAACAGACUGGAGCGUACUUGUUCUUAAUUCAAAUAACAUGUGCGCACCGUUUGCCUCCUCAGCUCUAGAAGAUUUAAUUUUAACAGCUAUCAAGAACGGAGCUAGAUAUAUCUAUUUAUCAUCCAACUUAAACAACAAAACUAGGUCAAUAUUAAAUAGAUUUUAUUAUGAUAAAUAUAUGACGGGAUUAAGAUAUAACGGUACAGCGAACUUCUCGUUGCUUUCAUAUUAUGGAGGUUUUCCCAAUCCGUCGGCAAAGGAAAAUGCACCGUCUUAUAGCUACGAACUCGGCGUUUGGAAAACUGCGUCUUUACAAAAGGUUCUCGGGACAACUGAUAUUUCUAUGGGCAAGGACUUCAUAGAUUAUAGAGCACCAGAGAUAUUGCUACCGUUCAAUACAAUGGAAGCAAUGCUUAAAGACAAUAUAUUGUUCCAAUACGAAGCCUUUUGGGCCAUUGUUCCAUUACAGAAAAAUCAGCUUUUAUGGUCUUUGUGGGUUCAAAAACUGCUUCAAGAAAUCGGGAACUCUGCUUCAUUUAUAGCUUCUGAAGAUAAGGGGAAACAACCUGGUUGUAAAUCCUUAAAAGAAUUAAAAGACUCUCCGCAAAUGAUGGCGCCUGUUAAUAGUUGGGAGUGUACAAGAAGAUCAACGUUUUUCUCAUGUGUGAUAUCUUUAAGCGACUUUAUGGUUGAAAAGAAGAUGAUACCAAGGUCCGAUUAUCGGUCCAUAGUUCGAUGGUUAGAAAUCCUUCUGAAACACGGGUAUAGUCAACCAGAAUUAGUUGAUAAAGCAAUUGGAAAGAAUUCACUGGAGCCCGCCCAUAGCAUUUUGUUUUACCCUGCAGCCACUAAGAACUCCUAUUCCAGCAGAAACUUUACUCGUAUGUGCACAAAGGGGCUAGGAACGUGUCUCAAGCCUCUAGGAUUACAAAAAUCCAAAGUUAUCAACAACAUUCUUCUAGUCAUCGUGUUUAAUAGAGUAGGUCAUUACGGAUUGCUCGAGUAUUUCGAAAAAAUAUAUAGAACCGCCUUUAGAAAUAUCCUGUAUUGUGGACAAGAUAAACGAAAUUUCCUAGAGGGCUAUAACACAUUAAAAUACCCUGUGUCCUAUGUGGAGAUGCCUCUCAGUUUUGCAAAUGGCGAAGUAGGAUACCAAUGUCUUCAUACAGCAAUGUUAAUGCAUUAUGACGUAGAUGGGUAUCUCCAUGUGGGAGACGAUGUUUUGUUGAAUAUCUGGAACUUGCAUAAUCUUCCCACGGAUCAGAUUUGGUUUCAAGAAAGCAUGCGUGUUGCCAAUUUAUCACAGCCUGCUGUUCCCGAUGUAUGGAAAAAUCCAGACUGGUGGCCAUGGAAAUCUGGUAGAGGUCGAGUUGCGCUAGAAAAAGCUAUGAAAACACUUGAGAAUUUGAGUCACCGAGAAAGACUUGUCGUGGACUUUCUAGACCAACUUGAAGAAAACGCUGGAGGAAAAAAGAGAGUCUUUUACGAGGCUUCUGAUAUCUUUUAUAUUCCUCAACGUUUUGCAUCUCAGUUUGUAUACUUAGUGAAUGUAUUUACUGCCCAUCAAGUGUAUAUAGAAAUAACAGUCCCCACAAUAAUUAAUGGCUUGUCAAAACAAAGUGAGAUUGCCCGAUUAAAGGGCUCGUAUCUUUGGUACUACGAAAGGGUAAGAUAUCGAGAGACAUUUAAUAUGUCCAAUGUGUUUUUGCAUUGUGUCAAGAUUGAUCCGUGUUUGAAAGACCAAAAUUGUGUUAAGUUUUUAUGUGAAAAGUAUUUGCCAUGUCUUUAAACAUGAA